CUUAUCUAAAGAAUGCCACUCAACAAAAAGAAGCUGAUCCUCAACACGGUUUCAGUCAGCUUAGGCUGCAAGAAAUUGAAGCUCUCCAGUUUUUUGGACCCCAAACCACGUUCUCGUCCAUCUCCUCCUUCCUCGUCAGAGCUCGGACGGGACAUUGGCAUGGACAAGGAAACCAAGUGUUUGAGGGCGACGGUUCGAGGGUUUGGGCGUGUGGGAGGGGAGAGCCUGGCGGUGGAGAAAGAGUCGGAUGACCCUUACUUGGAUUUCAGGUACUCAAUGUUGCAAAUGAUAUUGGAGAAGGAGAUAUGUUCGAAAGAUGAUUUGAAGGAGCUUCUCAACUGUUUCUUGAAGCUUAAUUCGCCUUAUUACCAUGGGAUCAUUGUUAGAGCUUUCUCUGACAUCUGGAACGGGGUGUUCUCCAUCAACCCUGCUGCUGACCAUCCCUUGAAGCCACUUUAUAUUUAGU